CAAACGUGACCAAAGCCUCAUCUCUCUCUGUUUUUGCAGUUUCGUCGCCCAGUGGAAUAAAAACAAUGUCUUUUCACAAGAUCGUGUCGACGUUGUGAGGAUUCAGGUGGACUAUUCAUGAAGUUGUGAAUCCGGUCUGAAGUGACAACAUGCUGAAAUGGCUUUCUGGUGAAGAGGGAGAGCCUGGCUCUGCAGGUCCAGGCUCUCCAGGCCCCCCCCGCGGCGCUGCUGGUGGCGGUGUUGAGGUCGCUGUGGAGGAAGUAACAGAGCGACUCACCCAAACUGAGCUGCUGGUCACUCAGCUGAAGGAGUUGAUCCGGGAGAAGGACGCAGCGCUUCACUCCAGAGAUGAGCAACUGAAGGUAGAGAAGCAGACGUGUGAGUCCAAACUGUCGAAGCUGCGUCUGCAGAACAAGGCCAAGGUGACCUCGCUCACCUGUCAGCUGGAGGAGCUGAGGAGGCAGCAGGGAGGUCCGGGCACGCCCACUCACAGCAAGAAGGGAUCGUCAGAAGGAGAACACGCCAGUCGAGGAAAGAUCGUCUUGCUAAAGAAGAAGGUGGAGGAGCUAGAACAGCAGCUCGCACGAAGACAAGAGGACCUGGAACACAAGAGGAAGGAGGCGGAGUCACAGUGGCAGCGCGGCGAGGAAAUGGACGCCAUGCUGACGGAGAGGGACAGGAAGCUGGCAGACAAAGAGGCUUAUAUUGUUCACCUGCAGACAGCGCUGGCUGGAGAUCAGCCCAUCACACCGGCACCACAGCAGCAGGAGGCGGAGGACGGUGGAGCGAUGCAGGAGCUGCAGCUGCUGGUGCAGAGCCUCACCAGGAAGGUGGGAGAGGCAGAGGAGCGCUACAGUCUGCUGCAGGAGCAGACGGACAGCUUCAAAGAGCUGCUGGCCACGGAGAAGGAGCAGCACGUCCAGAGGGAGGAGAUGUACAAGCAGAACAUCCAGACAUUCAAAGAUAUCAUGAUCCAGAAAGAUCACCAGGUGAUGGAGAUCAACCAGAUGCACGAACAGGAGCUCUUCAAGCUAGUGGCCAAGUCUGACGCCAGCGCAGACUUGGACCAGCUUCUGAAGGCUCUAAAGCAGAAGCUUCAUGAGAAGGAGGAGGUGCUUCUGGGUAAAACACAGGUCAUCGAUGUUCUCCAGGGAGAGGUGGACGGCCGGGACCAACAGAUAAAGGAUCUUGCGGAGCGGCUGCGUCGGCUGCACGUGGAGCGAGAGAGCCUGGCGUCCAAGAUGGAGGCCGAGAAGCACGUGAUGCGAGCACAACUCCGCGACCUGAUGGAGAAGCAGCAGGCGGAGGUGCAGCGAGUGACGGAGCAGCAUCAGGCACAGACGGAUCAAACGCAGCGGGAUCUCCUGGGGCAGCUGGAGGAGCUGAGGAGGUGCUCGGGAGGUGGACGCACACCCGCAGACUCCGCCUCCACGCCCGCAGACUCUGCCUUCAUGCCCGCAGACUCCACCUCCACGCCUGCAGACUCCGCCUCCAGCCAAAGGAUCGCGGAGCUGGAAGCCCAAGUGAAGCAGAAAACGGAGGAAGCGAGCAGAUCAGAGGCCAAGUUCCUGAAAACGAAGGCCUGGUCUAAGUCUCGGAUCAGACAGCUGGAGGAGGAGCUGAAGAAGAGCCAGGUGAGAUGUUCAGUUAUUAUGACUGUCACUGAUAAACAUUAUUUACAUUUCAUUUUGAAUAGUUCAGUGUUUUGUGAAUAUUCAGUGUUCUGUGCAUUGAGACCGGCUCUGGAUCAGAAGGCGUUCAGGACUUUGUUUAAAGACACCGCUCUGCUUCACAUACCCCCCCAACAGGAGGACUUUGAGUUUGACGGACAGGCCUCGUUCCAGGACCCCCGGAGCCCCUCAGAGAGCACCACCCCGAUGGAGGGAGAGAACAUGGGAGGUUGGUGGCCCGAGUACAGUACUCCCGACACAGACGGUCUGCGGUCCGUCGUGGAGGAGCUGGAGCUGGAGCGGAACCAGCUGCAGGAGCAGAUCCUGAGUCUGGAGGAGCGCUGUCAGGAUCUGGAGGACCGGCUGCAGCUGCAGGCUCGCAUAGAGGCCUUACAGAACGAGUCGGAGAGACUGCAGAGCCAGCUGGCCGGCCUCCGAAGUCAACAGAGCAGAGAUGCAGAGAACCACCAGCUGCUGGUCAGCAGUCUCAACGAGCAGCUCAAAGGACUCAGUGACACACAGGAGUGCCUGGAAAGCUCCCUCAUCGAGAAGGAGAAUACGUUGGCCAAGACGUCCGAGAAACUGGAGCUCAUCAGCGGCCUCCGAGAAUCUCUGAGUGAAAAAGAAAUUCAGUGCAAAGAGGUGUCUGACAAGCUCCUUCAGGCUGAGCACACCCUUGAGAACGUUUCCAAGAGAUGCAGCAGCUCAGAGAAACAGUGCUCUGAGCUGAGAACAGAAGUCGUCGACCUCACGCAGAAGCUCAGUGUGCUGAAGGAGAAGACACAAAAGCAGGAAGUCACCAUUGAAACUCUACAAACGGAGCUCGAUCAGACAAACGAGGAGCUGGACAAAUUAAACUCUGCCCACUUGGAAGAACGAGCCCAGCUCAUUCACGACCUUCAGGGCUGCGAGCGUGAAAUCGACAGACUCAAAGACGCGCUGUUGGAAAAGGAGGAGGAGAUACAAACCCUCGCUGGAAACAUGGCGGAGUACGCGGAGCAGGUCGCAGUGCUGAAGCAGGAGAUCAAACUCAAAGAGGAGAACCUGGUUCGUGUAGAAAACGCUCUGAGUAAGGCAGAGCGGGAGGCCACGGUCAUCAGAGAGUCUCAGACUUCAGAUCAGCAGGCGCUGGAUAGCAAGAUCACAGAGCUGGUGGAGAAAGUAAAGGAUGCUGAGGAGGAGGUGCUCAAGGCCAAAGAGGAACGAGAGUCUAGAGAGGCUGAGCUGGAACAUCUGAUAAAGCAAACGCAGGAGGACAAGAGGACUAUCCUGGACCUUCAGGGGGAGAUCCAGAAGCAGCUUGUGAGCCAUUGCAAUCAUCUCUCUGAAUGUGAAACACACAUCGCUUCACUGAAAGAGCAGCUGACUGCGUCCAUACAGAAGCAGCGGGAGUCAGAAGAAGUCCUUUUGCAGCUCAAGGACAGACACACCGGCAGUGAGCAGCUACAGCAGCAGCUGAGCGAGAAAGAACAGACGUACGAAAGAGAACUGAAGUCUUUCAAGGAUGAACAGAACAAACUGCUGGCACAGGUGGAAGAACAUAGUAAGGAAAUGCAGACGUUGUCCAAACAGUUAGAGGAGCAAAGACAGAGUGAGGAGCAUAUCAAGAAGGAGAUUCAAGAGAAACUGGAAACCAUAGAGACGCUGGAGAACCAACUAAAGACGACUGACAAACAGGCCGAGGACGAGAGGCAGAAAUUCAACAACGAACUGCAAAACCGGGAUUCAGAAAACGAGAAACUGAGCAGCGAAGUUCAAAGCAAAUCUGAAAAUAUCUCCAAACUCAAGAAUCUAUUAAAAAGCAUCAAGAUGGAGAAAAAGCAGCUGCAAGAGAAACUUAAAGGGCUGACAGAGGAGCUCCAGCAGCAGAAGCAGAACGUUAACCAGCUUGGUGAAAAGAUUUUGUCCGCUCUUGAACUCAACCACAGUCUUGAGACUCAAGUAGACGGUCUUACAAAAGAGAAAGAGAGACUCGAACUGGAAGUAACCAGGAGUGUAACAACUAUCUCAGGAGUUUCUCUUGAGAGGGAUUCGUUGCAAACCAAAGUGUCCACAUUGGAAACACAGCUUUCACAAAACAACUUGAUAGUUGAAGGGCUACAAAAAGAUAAAGAGGAUCUGACUCUUCGAGCUCAUGCGUUAAACAAAGUUGUCGAGCAAAGCACGAACUCAAACUCAGAGAUUCUGCUGGCAAAAACCAACGAAUGCAGUAACCUCAGCCAGUUGCUCAGGGAGAGAGAGGAAGAGGUGACGCGACUGCAGCAGCAAGUGCAAAGCUUGUCGUCGAAGGUGGACCAGCUCCAGCAGGAUCACCGGUCGCAGGUCGAGGCCCAACAACAGCAGCAGACGCAGCUUCAGGAGACACUGUCUCUGCUUCGAGAGCAGGAAUGCAGUCUGAAGUCAGAGUUAAAGGAGAAGGAGACCAUGUUGACAAAGAAGCAGGAAGGGAACCACAGUUUGCAGAACGAGAUCACACACCGGGAACAUAUUGUGAUCAAACUACAGGCAGAAGCUGCUUUGCUAAAUGAGGAGCGCUCACAGCUUCGCCAGCUGAUUGAGGAGCGAGAAGAAACGUUGAAAAAUGUGACACAACAGAGUCAGAAACACAAAGAGGAAGUGGACGAUACAAACAACACCGUCAAGUCUCUGAGUGAGCAGAUCCGCGUCAUGGAGGAAAACGCCAGGAAGCUGGAGUCCGAAGCAGAACUGAGGCAAACGGACCUGGCCGGUCUAAACGGCCACAUCCAGGCGGUGACGGAGCAAAACCACCAACUCCGUGCUGCUUGUGAGUCCAGAGAGAAGGAGCUCGCUCUGCAGGCACAGGUUCGGUCUGACCUCGAUGGACGGCUUAAAGCGACUCUCGAGCAGAACGCCAGUUUCAGCCUGAAGAUUAGCAGCUUCACAGAAAGCAAUGAGAGACUCCAGGAGGAGUUAGCACAGAACAUCAAAUCAGCUUCUGAACUAACCGCUCAGAGGAGUUCACUCCAAGAACACAACUCUGGGCUGGAAAUUCAAAUCUCAGAGAAUCGGAAGAUAAUCGACGGCCUGUUGGAGGAAAAGGAGGAGCGUGCUUCUGCAGAAGACAAAUUAAAAAAGAUCCUCAAGGAGAGCGAACAGUCGAACUCUGCAGGUUUGCUUGAGAAAACAAGUGAAUGUGCGUCUCUGUCAAAAACGUUAAAGGAGAGAGAAGAGCAACUUGAAAGUCAACGAGAACAAGUUAGUCGACUUGUCACGUCGUUGAAUGAGAAGCAGAACCAACUGCUGCAACUUCAGGAUACUGUGUCAAUGCUUCAGGAGCAAGGGUCUGUGCUGAAGUCAGGGCUGCUGGAGAAAGACGCCGUGUUUCAGCAGAAAGCAGAGGAGUGCAGCGUUCAUCAGAAUGAAGCGGUGCAGCUGAAGGCCCUCGUGUCCCAGAUGCAGAGUGAAGUAGAGACACUCAGGAAAGAGACAAAUAUAAUAAUGGAGCAGAAAGAACAGACAUUAAAAGACUCGAGGGAUGAGUUUCAAAACCAGAAGGACGAGCUGAGUAAACGAAACGAGUCGGUGUUCUCGCUCAGCGGUCAGCUCGGCGCCAUGAACGAGAGCGCUGCAGAGAUGGAGGUUGAGAUGACCGGCCUGAAGGCCGCCGUGCAGAAACUCGCUGCGGAAAACGGUCAGCUGACUCAGGAUGAGGACCGGAGGAAAGCAGAGAUCGUCGAUUUUAACGACAACAUUCAAGCACUGAGCGAGCAGAACGCAAGGUUGAAAUCUGAACUUCAGAAAACGGUGACAGAGUUUUCUAAAACGCGCAAAGAGGUUGAACAUCUCAAAACGGAAGUCUGUGAGGGAGACGGCAAACUCCAAACUGCAGACUCGGAGAAGGAGAGGCUUCACUUGACCUUGCAAGGAAAAGAUGACUCCCUGAAACAGCAGGAGAGUCUGAUCCAGCAACUCACCGGUAGGAUCUCUGAGCAGGAGGAGCAGCUGAAACAGGAAGCAGAUGACAAUGCGAGUUUAAGUGCAAAAGUUUCAGAGCUUGAAGAGUCCAUCUGUCAACUCAGAGGACAAGUUGACAGUCUUUCUUCAGAGUCUUCCGUACUGAAAAAUACUUUGGAGAAAAAAGAACAGCUGAGUCUUGAAUAUCAGAGUCACUCUUCAGCUGCCGUCCAGGAUCUCAAGUCAAACCUACAAGCCAGAGAGGCAGAGAGUGAGGGCUUAAAAGAACAGACGUCCCACCUCGAAGAAUCAGUCACAAAGCUCAACAGCAGCCUCCAGGUUCAGAUGUCUGAGGUGGAGAAUCUCAAAAAGGCCUUUGAAGAAAAGGAGGCAGCUCUUUUGGACCAAUCAAAGUCUCUUCAGGAUGAGGCUUUGCUCUUCAAGUCUCAGUUCAUGGAAAGCACAGAGUCGGUGUCACAGCUUCAGAGUCACAUUCAGCUCCUGUCCGCCGAGUCCGGAAACCUCAAAACGUCAGCAGAGGAAACACAAAGUGCCUUCAACAACCUUCAAGAGAAAUACACGGCUAACUUAGAGGAGCUGCAGCAUGUGAGGAAGCAGCUGUCCCAGAUGACCGAGGAGGUGUCCAACCUUCGGAGGUUAAUGGACGACACCAGUGACGAACGUCAGACGACUAUAGAAACACUGAGGAAUGAGUUAUCUCGGAUCCAUCACAAAGUUCAGAAAACCGAAGACCUGAACUCCAGUCUUUCGAAGGAAAAGGAUGAAGCUUUUGCUUCCCAUCAGGCCAGCGUGUCGCUGCUGACCGUCGAAAUUGAACGACUCAAAUCACAACAUCUUCACGUCGUGGCACAAAUGAACGCGCUGACGGAAAACCUGGAGCAGAGGGAAAUGGCUCUCCAUGCAAUUAACAGUCAGUACACAUCCCAGGCCAAACACGCAUCCCAGCUGGUCUCAGAAAUGCAGAAACUAGAACAGCAGAACAAGAGGCUGAAUGAGGAGAUCGGUUUGUCAAAGGAGGAGCACCAGAGGCGUCUCACGGCUGUCAGUAAUGAAAACAGACAUUUGCAAGAGGAGGUUAGGAAACAUCUCGCGGAGAGGGAAGAGCUGGAAAGGAAACAUCAUCAAGUACGAGCGUCGCAGGUCCAGAUGGAGCAGCAGUCCAGCAGCUUGAGCCUAAUAAUGGAGCAAACGAUGUCCGAGAAGGAGAGCCUUCAAGCAAAGGUUAGUGCCAAAGACGAAGAGGUUUCUCGAUUAAAAGAAAACAUUGAAAAGAUAGAGCAGAUUCUGCAGGAUUCUGAGAAAGAGUGGCUGUUAGUUCUGGAUAGAGAUAAACAGGAUAGGAACCUGCUUGCAGAACAAUUAAAAAGUGUUGAAAAUGAAAUGAAAUCUAAAGAUGUUAAAGUUAAUGCUUUGAAAGGAGACUUGGACAGCUUGCAGGAGAAGCUAGCUGAGGCCUCCUCCGCUAUCAGGCAGAGGUCUGAUCAGCUGAGCGCCAAAGAGUCGGAGGCGUCAGCGUCCAGGAUUCAGCUUGAGAAGGUGUUAGCGUCUGUUCAGGAAAAGGAUAAUGACAACACUAAUUUGCAGCAGGCUCUAAAAGCUGCAGAACACGCGUUGCAAAAACUUGUAGCGAGAAAAAUUGGUGCCGACAAAGAGUCUGAGAGAUCAGCUGCUUCUUUACAGGACGUGAUAAAACAAUUACAAGAAAGCCAUCAGUCCGAGGUAGAUGCUUUGAGAGAUGAGUUGGAGGAAACUGUUGCACAAUUACAAAAAACACAGAGCACACUCAGUCGAGGAGAGAUUAGUAACGAUGAGAAGGGUCAACAAAUUCUUCUUUUGAAAGAGAUGGUGGAGCAUCUGCAGACUCGACUGGAUGCCGAGUUAGAGACGGUGAAAGAAGCUGCUGUCAAACACUCUUCUUUACACGGAGAAUCACAAGCAAAAGAUGAGCAGAUCAACUGUAUGAGCGUUCAGAGCAGUCAGCAGAAGGAGUUACUCGCUGGACUUAGUCAGCAGUUACGGGAUAGAGAUGCAUCCAUCGCCCAACUUAUCGAAUCUGCCUCAAAUGAGAGAAUGAAACUUGGUGAGGAAAAGACUUCUCUGACGGCACGAUUGGAAAGUGUUGAGCGAGAACACGAAACCUCCACGAAGAGGCUCGAAGAGAUCUCUCAGCAGUUAGAGGAGCGUCUGUCACACUCUCUGAGUGAACUCGAGACCAAGAAUUGUGAGAAGCUUGAGCUGAUCAACACCAAUGACGAUCUAAAGAGUGACGUGGCCAAGGUGUCUAAAGAGAAGGACGCAACCAAGAAGAAGCUUCAGGCUGCUCUCCUUGUAAGAAAGGAUCUGUUGAAAAAAAUUGAGCAAUAUGAAAACCAAAACGAUAAAAGUGAGGUAUUACUUUUGCAGGAUAAAUUAGAAGAGGUAACAAAUCAAGCUCAGGCCACUGCAGAGAUGUAUCAAGAAAACCAUUCUCUUCUUGAAAAGAAACUUCUUGAGAAGGAAGGAGAGAUUCUCAGACUCAACACAGAAAGUGAAAGACUUGUGGAACAAUUGCAGUUGGAAAAACAAAUGCUGCAAGCCGCGUUCAGUGAGAAAGAAGUGAGUUUGUCGGAAACUUUGCAGACGCUGACUGAGAAGAGCAUCCUCGUGGAGCUGCUGCAGUCCAGAGCCGCUGAGAGGGAUGAGGCGUACGAGCGAGACAGGAACGGCUGGGUGCAGAAAUCAGAAGAGCUUCAAAAGGAAAUCAAGACGUUCAAAGAAGACUUGGAGGACAGAUCUUCCUCCGCUGCUUCUGCCGUCGAUUUGGAAAAUGAGCUUGUUCAAAUGAAGCUUGAAAAGGCGAAGGUACAGAAAAAGGCCCAGGCUGCCUUGCUGGCACGCAAAGAGACGCUGAAGAAAGCUCAAGAGAGCGAAAAGAAGUUAACCCAAGAGCUGGCUGAGCUGAAAGACGACUACAAGGCUCUCUUGGAGCAACGCUGCCAGCAGACGAACGAGCUGAACGCCGUCCAGGUGGACUUUGACGAGAAGGUCAGGGAGCUGAAGAAACUCCGUCAGAGGUCGUUGUCCGAUCUAGACGAGCUGGACACUUUAAGACAGCUUGUCGAAGAGAGGGAUACAACUCUACAAGAUCUGAAGAUGUCUCUGGCUGAGAAGGAGAGCCAGUGCCAUUCUCUGUCAAACCUGCAGACAGAGCUUGAAAAUGUUAAAUCCAAAUUUGAGAGCUUGUCUCUUGAGAUGGUGAUUAAGGACGAGGCUCUGGUAGUCGGUGAGCGAAGAUCAGAUGCUCUGAAAUCCAAACUUCAGACGCUAGAGAAGGACUCAGACAAAGCUCGUGCAGAAGUAAAAGAGAAAGCGGAAGAAGUUGAGAAAUAUCAGGAAGCAAUUAAAGUUGCUGAACUACAGAGCCAAGAGGAGAAGCAGGACUUAUUGAAUAAGCUGAGCGUCUCACUGGAACACAUGCAUGCAAAUGAGGGAAAAAAUCGACUCUUAAUGGAGCAGAACGAGGCUCUUUUGGAGAAAAGUGACCAGAUGAAAGUGGAACUUGAGGCUUUAGUGCCACAGAAAUUUUUGGAAGUUUUAGCCGUCGAAAAGACGGCAGCAGAAACAAAGCAGGAGCUCAGUGAUGACAAAAGUGUUUUAACUGAGGAGCUUGAAAAAGCACAACUGCAUUGUUCUGAAACACAAACGAAGUUGGAUUUCUUAAAGCAAGAAAAUGGAAAUGCUUUCCGAUUAAUCGGUGAACUCAGAGAUGAGGUGACGGCGCUGAAUGAGCAGCUGAAGGAGAAAGUAACUGAGCAGCUCCAUCAAAACAAGCUUCAAACAAACAAACAGGAGGAUGUGAACAAAGAAUUCCCCUGUUCGUCCGGCAGAUGUGCGGAAAACUUUGAAGUGGAACUAAAGGAGAGAGACGACGCCUUGUCAGUUUCUCAGGCUCAAGUUUCAGAAAAGGAAGAACUAAUAUCUGCACUCGAACUGCAAUUGCAUCGUCAAAUUAAAAUGCAUGAAAGUGCCGUUGAAAAGAUGAGAACAGAGGCUGAUGAGCUUCAGAAAUCUGGAUUCGACGGCACCAAAGCGAACGAUCAGGACAGCCGGAGCAAAGCUGCUCUCCUAACCAGGAAACUUCAAGCAGCUUUAGUUUCCAGGAAAGAGCUCUUGAAGGGAAACGCAACGCUCAAAGAAGAAGUAGAAAAGAUGUCAGCCAAACAUGACGCCAAAGAAGCUGAGUACCGCUCUCUGGAGUCGUCUGUGCUGAAGUUAAAACAGCAGAACGUGGAGCUGGAAAGCUCCGUGUCGUCUCUGGCCAGGGAGAAAGACGAGCUCAGCGGCGAGGCGGAUGGCGUCUUCAGCGAUAAUCGCAGCCUGUCAGCCGCCUGCGAAAGCUUGAAACUAACCAUAGAAAGCAUCACGCAGCAGAAACAAGCCUUCUCCUGCCAGCUCGAGUCUCUGAAGGACUCUCAGACAGAGGAGCUGUCCAAGUGGAAGUCCAAGCACGCCGAGCUGAAGCAAGAGUACGAGUCUCUUCUUCAGGCUUAUGAGAACGUGAGCAGUGAAAUGGACAAGAUGAGACAGCUUUUGGAGGGGGCUAAACGAGACCGGCAGGAAGCCCUCAGAAAAAUCCACAAACAUGAGACCGAGAUGGAGAUUCUGGACAAGCGAGCUCGAGAGACAGAGGAAGAAAAUGGGAGAAUUAAAGAGAGGAUGCACAAAUUUUCCAAAGAGAAGCGGCAGAAGAUGGAGGAGCUGGAGGAGGAGAAUCAGAAAAUUAGAAAAGAGCUGGCUGAGCUCGAGGAAAACCACAAACUGGCAACGUGCAAGCUGACUGAUAAAGAUCAACAAUCGGAGGCAGAGAUUUGCAAACUCAGAGAGAAACUCACUGAAUUGGAGGUUGAAAAUAACCAACUGGCAGAAAAGCUUGAAGUGGCGAGCCGUUCGUUGGAAGAGAAGCACUCUGAAUCAAACACGUACACAAACAACAUGCAGCUCAAACUUGACGAAGCACUCAGUUUGAAUAAUUCCCUGAUGGCCCAGAUCGAGGCCCAGAAAACAGAACUCGGAGCUCAGUUGGAAAUCAACAAUCUGUUACAAAAAGAGAAGCAACAUCUUUGUGAAAGAUUGGAGAAGAUGCAGAACGAUCACGAGCUGCAGCUGGAAAAGAAAGACGACGACAUUAAAGAGCUCAAAGAUGUCAUCAACAAACACACCCGAGAGAGCGUCAGCCAGAAUGAGAAGGUGAGGAUCUUGGAGGAUGACAAGUCUCUUCUACAGGAGGAGCUUGAAAACGUUCAAGAGAUUUCAGACAAGUGGAAAAAUGAAAAUGAGUAUCUGGAAACUGUGAUCCUGAAAAACUCCGAGAGUAUCGAUGAACUGACCGAGUCCGUCUCCGUUUUGCAAACCCAAAACACGCAGCUGUCCUCUCAGCUGGCGGCGAUCAAAGAAAUGAGCGGUCGAGUUCGCCAAGAAAAAGAGGAGGAGCAGCUCAAACUGGUCCGAGAGUUCGAGGAGAAGCUCAAGACGGUUCAGAGGGGCAGCCAGGGCUCCAAGAACGUGAAGAAAGAACUGCAAGAGCUGCUCAGAGAGAAGCACCACGAGAUAAAUCACCUGCAGCAAAACUGCAUUAAAUACCAGGAAGUGAUCUUGGAUCUGGAGAGCGCUGUGAAGAGCUCACGGUCAGCCUGUGAACACUUGGAGAGAGAGCUGAAGAAAAGCUCAGAGCAAACGUCGGCUUUGGGGGAGAGAAGUAAACUGGUUGAAGCCGAGCUGACGACACACAAGGAGCUCCUCCAGGAGGCCACGGAGAAGAUCCUGGGUGUUGAGUCUGAACGAGACCAGCUGGCUCUGGACAUCUCACAGGAAAGUAACAAAUCUGAGGAUCACAAAAUCACAACAUCAUCACCAAGUAUAGAUGACAAACAAUUCAAUUCUUAUUUGGAUAAUCAGUUUAUGUUACAACAGCAGAUAGAAGACCUUAAGGACCUGAGAGAUAAAGAAAGUCAAAAAGUGAUUGAGCUGAGGCAGCACUUAGACUCUCAGGAUCUUCAGAUUAAUACUCUGAAGAGAUCGGCUGAGACCAACGAGGUGAAGAUGUCCGCUUUAUCCGCCACUCCUCAAGGCGCAGAUGCUUCCAAACGCUGGAGUGAUUUGUACCAAAAGACGUUACACGAGAAGGACAGCCAGCUCCUGGAGCAGGGUUUCAUGAUCAAGCGGUUCCUGGAGGACAUGAGAGUGAAAGACAAAGAGGUGAAUGAGCUCCGAGUGACCAAGUCCCGACUGGAGAGGACUCUCAGCGAAUACUCCGUCGCUGCCGCGGCGCAGCAGAGGCAGCUGUUUGUCCUGAGCGCGAGCAACACUGAGCUCUCCGAGACCGUGGAGCUCAUGGACGCACAGGUGAGGGAGCUCGGCGCUCACGCCCAAAGAAUCGAACAAGAUAAAAACAUGCUUAACCGACAGCUCGCAGACAAGGAAGACGUGAUUUCCCAAACGCAGCUAAAUCUGCAGCAGGUGGAGAAGACAAACGCAGACUUGGACGCUCAGCUGUUGCUUUUACGGUCUCUAAAUGACAAAGUUCAAGCAGACUUUGAGAAGCAGGGGGGGAUUUCUCUGCAGCUGAAAACACUCCUCCACGGCAAAGACGCUGAGAUCUCCUCCUUGCUGUCCUGCAGAGACGGACAGAUGUCCGGAUAUCUGGAACAACUCCAGGCUAAUCAUCGCGCCCAGUCAGCCGUGUACGAGGACAGGUUGGCGUCAUCACGCUACCAGAGAGAGACGGCCGACAAAGAGCUGAGAGGCCUCGAAGCAAAGGUGAGAAGCCUGCAAGUUAAAGUGGACCGGUCGAUCCAGGAGAAGGAGCAGGCGGCCGCUAAGAUGGAGUCGUUCAAGAACUCGAUGGUGUCUCUACAGAGCGAACGGGAGCGACUGGCGUCAGAAUACAGGAUCCUUGAAGCAAAGAGCCAGUUAGGGUUAAAGGGGAAAGACGGCUCAGCUGACUGGGAGGGCGGCGCCACCAAAGGCCUCAAACAUGAAAUACGGAAGCUGUUGCAUCAAAUGGAUGAUCUCAACUCAGAGAACGCUAUGCUCAGGGCUCAACUGGUCCGGUACAGGGAGGAUCUGAAUCAGGUUUUAUUCCUGAAGGACAACCAGCUGAAGGGGCUGCUGAAGAAGCAGCAGGAUGUGAUCAAAGACCUGGAAGACCAAAAAGCUGCUGCCAAAAAGCAGCACAGAGAAUCUCGGUUGGACCUUCAAAAGGAGGGAGAGGCGAGUGAUAUUUUAAGAGCAGAGAUCUCUCAACUCAAAGCUCAGGUUUCCAGUCUGGAGGCUGACUUGUUAACUCUAAAACAAGAACGAGCUGCGACGAAUGAAGGCAAAGUGAUCUCUGAUUUGCAGGAAGCGGUCGCAGCCAAAGCGGCUGAAUGUAACAACCUCCAGCAGAAGCUUCUUGCUCAGAAGGUCCUGACUGAUGAGCUGAAGGAAAAAAUGCAGCUGGUGGAGACUGAAACGGACAAAAACCUGGCGCAAGCUGAGGACAAGUACAACAGCGAGCUGGAUGCCUUCGAGCGCGAGGUGGAGCUGAUGAGGACCGAGCGGGAGACGGCGGACCUGAGGACGGCGGAGCUCGCUACAGAGCUGCUGGAGAUGGAGCAGCAGCUAUCAGAGGCCAAGACACAGAGCAAAGACACCAAGGCUCAGAACGAGUCCAUGUGCAGAGCCAUGGCCGCUCUGCAGAACGACCGAGACCAGCUCAUCGAGGACUUCAAGAUCCUGAGAAACGGAUACAACGAGGAGCUCCGAGAGACUCGGGCGGCCCUGAUCAAGGUGGAGCGCGGCCUGCGGGACGCCACGUCCGACCUGGCGAUGUUCGCCAAACAGAGGGACGUCCUUGUUCGGAAGUCAGCAGCUUUAGAGAACAGAGAGGCGCACGCAGAGCUGAGCAAGUUGCUGGAUGAGCUGUCGAGGGAGUUGCCGGAGAAGGAAAAGGAGCUUAAGCGGGUCGUCCUGGAGAACGACACGUUCAGCAGGCAGCUGUCGGCGUUCUCCAGAUCCAUGGCCAGCCUCCAAAACGACCGUGAGCGGCUGAUGGAGGAGCUGGCCGGGGCCAAAAGAGCGGUUGAGUCCAGGCAAGGGUCGAGUCCGGAGACGGGAAAGUCAAAAGGAAGUGUCCUCCAGAGUGAGAAGGAAGGGCCGGAGGUGGAAGAACUGCAGCAAACUCACAGAGUUCCACCUGAAAGAGAAAUCAGCAGCUACCAGCAAGGAUCGACAGAGCUGAGAUCUGACGCAGGGAGGAAGGACACGCUGCCAGUCAAGGAAUCGGUUGUUUUGGCCGGUCGGAGCGGAGCGGACGAGGCGGUGAGUCGCUUGGAGGCCGAGAGGAUCCAGCUCCACAGAGACCUGCAGCGCUGCUUGUACGAGAUGCAGCAGCGAGACCAGUACUCCCAGCAGCUCAACCUGAAGCUGCAGCAGGCGGUGCUGGAGAAAGGUGCUGCUGCAGCUCAGUUGAAAGCCGUCUCCCAAACCCUGAGGGACGCCCAGGAUCGCUGCCACUGGCUGGAGCACCAGGUUCAGUCUCAGGGGUCAGUGUUUGCUGAGGUUGCACCCGGAGCCCCUCAGGAGAGGAGCAACGACUCCACGAUGGCUGAAACCGCUGAAGCCAGUCAGCUCCGAGAUCGGUGA